AUGUUGGCUGACUCUGGGGCUACAUAUUCCUGUAUCACAACUCAGCUUCCCCUAUCAUAUGACAGCACUGUGGUGGUUGGAGUCUCGGGAACGCCACAGAAACAAUUCUAUACCACGCCUGUCCCUGUCACUUGGAGAACUAAUUGCACCACCCAUCAGUUCUUGUAUGCACCAGAAUGUCCAGUCAAUUUACUGGGAAGAGAUCUCCUCUGCAAGCUUGGCAUCACUAUCUACUGCAAUGAAGAGGGUGUGCAUGUCGCCUCCACACCUCCCCCUCUCACUCCAGCCUGCAGAAUUCUCCAUAUGGCCCCAGCCCCAUUGCCACCGGAGGAACCUAUCACCACAGUCUAUUGGCUCAGACUAGAUGGCACUCUCCCACAAACACCUGCUAUACAGUACCAGUAUAUGCAAUGGAGAAAAUGGAUCUCCACACUACAUCCAUACAAAGCACCAUUGGAUGACCUCCAUUGCACUCUCAACUACACAAUCACUCCAGAUGAUUGCUACGAUGACGAUUGGGAGGCAAACAUGGCACUCCUCACUCCCACCAUCUCCACCACUUCCAUGUUCAUUGGCAAAGAAGGAGUUGCAGCUGCAGUUGACCUUACUGAACACAUCCAACCGUGGUAUCAACUAGGUACUGACUCGGCUCCACAUAUCACCCUAGCCAUAGGAUACGCCUAUGAAGCCAGAUCAUUGGGACCAAUGGUCAAAAGAGCCCUGACAUUAACGUGGGAGGAAACCUCGUUGCCACGGAUAUGGAAGGCUAAAGAAGAAGAUAUGUGGUGUAUUUCCACCCCUACCACAGAAACAACUCAUCCUGAAAGGAGAGAACUAGCAAGACACCAUGGCCGCGAGAUGACAGAUAAUCCUGACACAGACAGACUACUGGCCACUGUUCCUGUUGCCCUAUGGACAACUGGUCCGCAUGAUGUGGGGCUGGUAGAUACCUCGCCCAUUCCUAUCACAUUGAAAGAACCCAGUGAGGUCAUCUGGAAACCACAAUACAGUCUCUUCCAAGACCAAACUGAGGGCAUCUCUCCUACUAUCGCUGGGCUCUUGGACUCUGGAGUUCUAGUCCCCACCUGGAGUGACUGGAACACACCUCUGUUUCCUGUGACAAAAGGACCUGGAAAAGGAUGGAGAAUGGUGCAGGACAUCAGACCCAUCAACCAAGCCACGGUGCCAGAUGUUCGGCCUGUUCCAGACCCAUACUUGGCUCUACAGAACAUACAUCAUUCGCACAGUUUUUUCACUGUCAUUGACCUGGCCAAUGCCUUCUUCUGCAUCCCACUCCACCAUGACUCUCAACACAUAUUUUCUUUCACCUUCUGUGGCACCCAAUACACCUACACCAGAAUGCCCCAAGGCUACAGAGACUCUCCUGGCAUUUUCAAUGACGGUCUCGAGAGCACCUAA